AUGACAGAUCUAAUCAUAUGGGAUGAGGCUCCUAUGGCUAACAAGUUUUGCUUUGAAUCACUCGACAAAUCAUUGAGAGAUAUUAUGAGUGGAACCACACAUGCUUCUAAAAGAGUUUUUGGAGGUAAGGUUGUUGUGUUUGGAGGUGACUUCAGACAAAUUCUCCCUGUUAUACCAAGAGGUACUAGAUCUGAUAUUAUCCAUGCAACAAUCAAUGCUUCUUAUAUUUGGGAUCAUUGUAGAGUCUUGAGGCUUACAAAAAACAUGCACUUGCAAACUGGUCAACCCACUUCUACAGCUGAUGACAUAAGGAGUUUUUCCGAGUGGAUUUUAAAAAUUGGAGAUGGCACAAUGUGUGAGCCAAAUGAUGGCUAUGCUGAUAUUUGUAUUCCAGAUGAGUUCUUAAUUUCUAGCUUUUCAGAUCCGAUUAAGGGAAUUGUUGAAGAUACGUACCCUGAUCUCAUUCAUAACUAUCUUGAUUCCAAUUAUCUUCAAAGUCGUGCGAUCUUAGCUUCGACAAUCGAAGUAGUCGAUGAUAUUAACCAAUAUAUAACAAACCUUCUUCCAGGAGAAGAGAAAGAAUACUUUAGUAGUGAUUCUUUUGAUAAAUCUGAUGCAAGUAGCUUUGAUGCAUAUGAGCACGUGACACCCGAGUUCCUAAAUGCUCUUAAGACUUCGGGAUUGCCUAACCAUUCAAUCAAGUUAAAAGUUGGGGCCACUAUUAUGUUAAUGCGCAACCUAGACCAAUCUGAAGGUUUGUGCAAUGGUACAAGGCUAACUGUUACUAGGCUUGCUGCUCAUGUCAUUGAAGCUAAGAUCAUUUCUGGAAAAAAUGUUGGUAACUUAUUUUAUAUUCCUAGAAUGUCUUUGUCACCUUCACAAUCACCAUGGCCAUUUAAACUGGUGAGACGCCAAUUUCCAAUUAUUGUUUCCUUCGCCAUGACUAUUAACAAGUCUCAAGGCCAAUCACUUGAUAAUGUUGGUUUGUACUUGCCAAAAGAAGUUUUUAGUCAUGGCCAAUUAUAUGUGGCAAUCUCUAGAGUAAAAUCCAAAAAGGGUUUAAGGAUUCUUAUUCAUGACAAAGAUAAAGAACUUAUGCUCUCUACCACCAAUGUGGUCCAAACAUCCUAUUCAUUUUGGCGAAUCAUCUUGCAGCUUUGUUUUCCUUUUUGCGCAACUGUGGCUACAUGA